AAUGUCUCUAGAGAUGACUCUCUAUGUUUCUACUGCAGUGAAGGUCUGUGUCCCUCUAUGGAGGAGUGCGAACUCCUAACAAACCAGAGCUGUGACGACAUUGUUCCUUUUCACUUUGUCGUGCUUGUUCUGCGACAUUGUUCCUCCAUCCGAAAAAUUUCAGUGCUUCUUAACUAUGGCAGUUAAGCUCCACAAGCGAUUGUCUAUUAGCCACUUCACAACCUCUCUCAAGUGUCUUGACACGCCCAAACACAUAUAACAUAGUCUCCAAUGUUCGGAGUGUAUUCUGGUCCAGCACCACCGGCAAAGGGCAUCCGUGAGAUGUCCCAGGAGGAACAGGCUGAAGAGGGUGCUAAGAGAAUGGUAGCGUUCAUGCAGUCAUGUCCUGGAAAAACGGUUAUGGCUGGUGUUUCGGGCUUCGCUUUGGGUGGUUUCUUUGGGUUGUUCAUGGCCUCGAUGGCCUAUGAUGUUCCGGUGGGAUCGGAAGCUGUCAAACACAUCAGUGAGUUGCCUUUCAAGCAACAGAUGAAGUUACAAUUCACAGAUAUGGGGAGAAGAGCAUACUCGUCGGCCAGAAACUUUGGCUAUAUAGGGAUGGUUUAUUCUGGAGUUGAGUGUUCUAUCGAGAGCUUGAGAGCGAAGCAUGAUAUUUACAACGGGGUAAGUGCUGGUUGUAUCACUGGUGCCGGUUUGUCGAUCAAGGCUGGUCCUCAGGCUGCGUUGGUGGGAUGUGCUGGUUUCGCUGUCUUCUCAACAGCUAUCGAUUUGUACUUGAACAGUGAGGCUGCUGCUCCUCCCAAGAACGAUUACGAUGAGUAAUCUAUUUGUUUGGUCUCGAACUUCGAUGCUUCGACAUGUCGAUCCGUCUGUAUAUUACUGCCAGAUUGUAUAUAGCUCUAGUUUCUGGAUAUUUUACACAUAUUAAUACAUAGUAGAGGU